ACUAAACUCACAGUACAGUUCUGAAAGUUCAGUGCAGAGAGAGAUGUAUUAAAUUCACAAAAUCUCCAAUAUGAGACUUUAUCAAAUCUGGAUCAAAUCUUCAAAAGCGCAUGGGAAAGCUACCUACAAGUGAUAUUCAGCUCUAUUUCACCCAUUACACCUAUAAAUCCUCCUCGCAGGCAGCAUUCAUCUCUGCUGUGCUCCGUGUGACAGGUGCAACGGAGCCGACGCACUAAUUCAUGGGGUUUUGGCAUCUUGUCUCAACCAAUGGCAGCGCGUAUGGAGUUGUGGCUGGUGGGGUUUAGGGUGAUUGCCGAGCACCUGUGCCAAUCACAGAAUCAGUAGGAGGAGUUCCAGGGACUUGGAGGUGUGUCUGAAGAAUACGAGGCUACAGCUGCAUACUGUAUCCAAGUCGGGGAGAAAUGGCAUGAGUACUGCUUUGUACUGUUUAGACAAGCUUUACAGUGCGCGCGUUGGUAACUAACAUUCGACUCUUUCUGCUUUCACCUCAGUCACUAAUUAGGCCUGCAGGCACAGAGAGGCGAGGCGGAACACUCUCCGACAAACUGUAAACUUAGUCAAAAGCGACCAAAGUCCCCAAACUCACAGGCUGAAGAGGCUUCAAACGCAAACGAUUCAUCCUUUCUGGCUGUUUCAAGGAAGGAUACGCUGCUGGACAUGUGAAUUUAAAGGAGAUAAUUGCCAAGCACAACAAUGAAACCAACGACUGCCCUGUGUUGCUUCGGCUUUCUCCUGACUUGCCUCUUGUUCGGGUCGAGCUCUUCACAAUCAGUAUGUGCUGGUACAGAGAACAAGCUGAGCACCCUGUCGGACCUGGAGCAGCAGUACCGCACCCUGAGGAAAUACUACGAGAACUGUGAAGUCGUAAUGGGCAACCUUGAGAUCACAAGCAUCGACCGCAGUCGGGACCUCACCUUCCUCAGAUCAAUCCGAGAAGUGACAGGCUAUGUGUUGGUGGCCUUGAACCAGUUUGACUACCUGCCUUUGGAGAACCUGAGGAUCAUCCGAGGAACAAAGCUGUAUGAGGACCGCUACUCCCUCGCAAUCUUCCUCAACUACAGACGUGAUGGAAACUCCGGUCUGCGCCAGUUGGGUCUUAGAAACCUCACAGAGAUCCUGAGUGGAGGUGUUUAUGUUGACCAGAACAAGUUCCUGUGUCAUGCAGACACAAUCCAUUGGCAGGACAUUGUCAAAAACCCUGGGAUGCAUCCUGUGGUGGUGCCCACCAAUAGCAGUGUCACAUGUCAAAAGUGCAAUCGUUCCUGUAAUGGUCGUUGCUGGGGACCCAAAGAGGACCAGUGUCAAAGCUUAACUAAGACAGUGUGUGCCGAGCAGUGUGACCGCCGUUGCUUUGGUCCCUAUGUUAGUGACUGCUGCCAUGGUGAGUGUGCAGGUGGCUGCUAUGGACCAAAGGACACAGACUGCUUUCGCCCUGGCACCAACUUUAAUGACAGUGGGGCAUGUGUGACCCAGUGCCCCCAGCCCUUUGUCUACAACCCCACCACCUUCCAACUGGAACACAAUCCCAGGGCCAAGUACACCUAUGGAGCCUUCUGUGUCAAGAAGUGUCCACAUAACUUUGUGGUGGACCAUAGCUCAUGUGUGAGAGCAUGCCCGAGUAACAAGAUGGAGGUAGAAGAGAACCGCAUUAAGAUGUGCAUUCCUUGUACUGACAUCUGCCCGAAAGCAUGUGAUGGCAUUGGUACAGCCAGCCUACAGGCUGCUCAGACAGUAGACUCCAGCAACAUCGACAAGUUUGUCAACUGCACCAAAAUCAACGGCAACCUGGUGUUCCUCAUCACUGGGAUCAAAGGGGAUGUCUAUCACAAUAUUGAAGCUUUGGACCCAGAAAAACUCAAUGUAUUCCGCACCGUUCGGGAGAUCACAGGCUUUUUGAACAUCCAGUCUUGGCCUGACAACAUGACAGACCUGAGUGUUUUCUCCAACCUUGCAACUAUCGGGGGAAGAGCACUGUACAGUGGGAUCUCCCUGCUGGUGUUAAAGCAGCAGGUCAUCUCAUCACUGCAGCUCCAGUCGCUGAGAGAGAUCAGCGCCGGGAAUGUCCACAUCGCAGACAACAGCCAGCUUUGCUACUACAACACUGUCAACUGGACAAGACUGUUCCGUGCUGCAAAUCAGAAGGUUCUUAUCCGCAACAACCAAAGCCCACAGAAGUGCUCCAAGGCGGGGAUGGUGUGUGACCCGCUGUGUUCAGACGCAGGGUGUUGGGGUCCUGGCCCAGACCAAUGCCUCUCCUGCAGAUACUUCAGCCGUGGACGAACCUGUGUGGAUACCUGCAACCUUUAUGAAGGGGAUAUCCGAGAGUAUGCCAACGGAUCUGUGUGUGUGGAGUGUGAUGGCCAGUGUGAGCGAGCUGAUGGUGACUCUUUGACCUGCAACGGUCCGGGCCCAGAGCAUUGUGUGAAAUGCCUGCAUUUUAAGGACGGCCCUAAUUGUGUUGAAAAGUGUCCCGAUGGCCUGCAGGGUGCCAACAGCUUCAUCUUCAAGUACGCCGAAGCCAACAAUGAAUGCCAUCCCUGCCAUGCCAACUGCACCCAGGGGUGCAUUGGACCAAGACUGCAAGACUGUAUUGGCUGGAUGGACAGAACCCCUCUGAUCGCAGCAGGGGUGAUCGGCGGCCUCUUCUUGGUGGUGAUCAUGGUGCUGAGCGUAGCUGUGUCCGUGCGCCGGAAGAACAUUAAGAAGAAGAGAGCCCUUCGUCGCUUCCUGGAGACAGAGCUGGUGGAACCUUUAACACCCAGUGGAACAGCACCCAACCAAGCCCAGCUUCGCAUCCUGAAAGAGACAGAACUAAAAAGGGUCAAGAUCCUCGGCUCGGGGGCCUUUGGGACUGUUUAUAAGGGUAUUUGGGUCCCAGAAGGUGAAACAGUGAAGAUUCCUGUAGCCAUUAAAAUCCUAAAUGAGGCCACGGGACCCAAGGCUAACGUGGAGUUCAUGGACGAGGCCCUGAUCAUGGCGAGCAUGGAGCACCCCCACCUGGUCCGCCUGCUGGGCGUCUGCCUGAGUCCCACCAUCCAGCUGGUCACACAACUGAUGCCUCAUGGGUGUCUGCUCGACUAUGUCCACGAGCACAAGGACAACAUCGGAUCCCAGCUGUUGCUCAAUUGGUGUGUCCAGAUUGCCAAGGGGAUGAUGUACCUGGAGGAGCGUAGGCUUGUCCACAGGGAUCUGGCAGCCCGAAAUGUUCUGGUCAAAUCUUCCAACCACAUCAAGAUCACCGACUUUGGUCUGGCUCGCCUGUUGGAUGUUAAUGAGAAGGAAUAUAAUGCUGAUGGAGGAAAGAUGCCCAUCAAAUGGAUGGCACUGGAGUGUAUCCAUUACAGGAAGUUUACUCAUCAGAGUGACGUUUGGAGUUACGGGGUAACCAUCUGGGAGGUGAUGACCUUUGGAGGGAAGCCAUACGAUGGGAUUUCCACCAGAGAUAUCCCAGACCUGCUAGAGAAAGGAGAGCGUCUUCCUCAGCCGCCCAUCUGCACCAUCGACGUUUACAUGGUCAUGGUCAAAUGCUGGAUGAUUGAUGCAGACAGUCGGCCAAAGUUCAAGGAGCUGGCUGCAGAGUUCACUCGGAUGGCUCGUGAUCCCCAAAGAUACCUGGUCAUCCAGGGUGACGACCGCAUGAAGCUGCCCAGCCCUAGCGACAGCAAGUUCUUCCAGAGCCUCCUGGACGAGGAGGAGCUGGAGGACCUGAUGGAUGCUGAAGAGUACCUGGUGCCCCACUCUUUCAACAUUCCACCACUGGCAUACACUCCCCGUACACACAUGGACUCCAACAAGAACCAGUACGGCUACCAGGACCCCAGCUUCAGCAUGGAGGACAUGCUGGCCACUCCCAGAGUGGUCUCUGUUCCACCCGUGUCUGGAAGCUGCCUCCCACCACAGGACCUGUCCUCAGGGGGGCAGAUUGGUAGUGGAUUUGGCCGUGGUAAUCAGGACGACCCUCGCUGCAAUGGAACCCUGAGGAAGCAGGCCUCCCCGAGGUCAAGUACCCUUGGGCCUGGCUCAGCUCUCGCUGCAGGACAAGGUGGAGGGGAGGACAGUAGUGGACAGCGUUACAGUGCCGAUCCCACCGGUCUUUUAGCAGAGCGAGGAGCAAAAGGAGACAAGGACCAGGACAGCUACAUGACUGCCAUGAGAGACAAGAACAACUCAGACUAUCUCAACCCAGUAGAGGAAAACCCCUUUGUCACACGCCGUAGAAAUGGUGACGCCCACGCAGUGAUUGAUGGAGCGGGUUGCCACACCCUGCACAUGGCUGGAGCUUCUGCUGGCCCCAAGAGCCAGUCCACCCACGGGGACGAUGAGUACAUCAACGAGCCACUGUAUCUGAAUACCUUCCUUAACCCUGGGGACAAGAACGGAUUGGCUGGCACAGUCUCCAUCUCUGGCCUUGGGUCCUCUGCUGCCCAAUCAGUAUCGCAGACAGUCAACCCAUCAACAUCAAGCCACACGGUCUCCUACUCCGGAUAUGUGGUUCCCCCUGGCCACCUCCCACACCCAUCGUAUCCAUCACACACCCUGCAUCCGGGGCAUUCAGGACACGCUCUGCACUCAGGCAUCACCAGCAGCACCAUCAUGUUUGAUAAGAAAGGCAAGAAGGCCACUUUUGACAAUCCUGAAUACUGGCAACACAGUCUACCCCCGAAGUCCUCACUGCACAACCCUGAGUACCUGCAGGACUGCAGCACACGCUUCUUCUACCGGCAGAAUGGACGCAUUCGCCCUGCUGUGGCCGAAAACCAGGAGUACUUAUCCGAGGCUGCUAUGAAAGCUGGCAAUGUGCUGCCACCCCCUCCAUACAGACAGAGGAACACUGUAGUGUAGUGUAGUGGCCAAGCUGUAGCACAAUGGAGGGAUGAAUAGAGGGAUAGGGGUGGAGAUACAUGGACAUUGAACAGUCCACUUGUUUCCAUGCAGUACUUCUCAACCUGGGUUCUCCUUGCUCCCUGAACAUGUCUCUCUGUUAUGUCUGAUUGCAAGUAUUUUAGUCUUACUCCAAGGUUUUGCCUUUUCUUGACAAGUCUACAGUAACAAUCACUGACAGCCUCACUUGACAUUCAAACCAUCUUUUUUAGCUCCAUCCUUGGCCACGAAAGCAAGUCGCCUCGAAAUUUAUUCUAUUCUGGAGCACACUGUCCUGCCAUCUUAAGUAUCAGAAAGGCACAAAAACAACACAAUGAAAGAAAUAAGAUGUUCAAUCAGAUAAAAAGGGAGAAAUAAACUAAGGUUAGCCCAAAGAGAGGAUUAUCGCCAUGACCUUACAUGCUUUUCUUUAUACACUGUACCUAUCCCUUACAGUUUACCAUGUCCUUUUGGCAUGUUUUCCACCCAGAUAGUUGCACACAUUGCAGUAUGCACACAUUGUUAUUGCUUGUGUGCAAUCUAUCAAAUGACACAUGCACAUGGAGUUGUGUCAUAACUAACCAGCAAACUCGCUGCAGUCAUGCUGAAGAGCCCAGAUGUGGCUUGCAUGCCUGCACACAUGCUUCUUUGACUUUUACACGUUACUGCACCAGUAAUGGAAUUCAAACAUUUAUCACACACAGCUCUUAUCAUACCUAAAACAUGUUAACAUGCCUGCAGCCUUGACACACCAAUAAUGUCCAUACAUUAAUUCAUAAGUAAAUACACCCACACUGAGAUAAGCUUGCUAUCGUUUGAAAUAUAUUCUGGAGGAGAAGCUCAAUUGACCUUGUGCUGGAAGACAAGAGUGUGCUGAUAUUGGCAGUCAGUGUUGCAGCGCAGAAAAAGGGUCAACAGGAAAGGAAAUGUCACCACAGUUUUAUGGAAAGCUGUGAUAACAGCCGGUACCUGGUGAUUAUUGGCAUGGCUUGGGUGGGAUUUAAAAGGUUGAUCGCUCAGAAGACGACCCUUAACAUCCCACGUCUGUAUCCCUCUUGUUCUACUUUCAUUCACAAUAAUCUGGUCCAAAGGCAAAUCAGCAAAUCAUCCACUUUAAUAUUCAUAAGAUCAUUGUUAGCAGCACCAUAAGUGAAAUAACCAAUGGUAACUGCAGUACAAGGAAUAAUGUUUCAAUGGAACUGAUGCUUGGGAAUGGACAGAUCAUUUAACAGGGAAAGGUGCGUGAUGAUGGAUGCAUAUAACUGAACAUGAGGGAAAAAUAUUUGAUUUUAGAUUCUGGAUCAAUGCAUAAUCCUUUUUUUCUUCAUAAGCAUUAGGGAUCUGUUUACUUUGUCACCUUGCUUAUACUUACCCAUAUGCAAACAGCAAAGACACGCAGCCACGAAAGAGCCAUGUGGUUGUGGCUAAGAGGCUAACCCUGCAGAGCUGUAAAUAAGCCAUUUAAAAGUCAUUACCAGAUCGAUGCAAUCCUGGACAAAGGCUCUAUGGACUGAGCUGUAUCUAUAAGUGCAUCAAAAGACAAGGACAAAGGUUGUUUUUGCACCUCUCUAUGUUCAUAGAAAAUUAACUUUUACCACGUAGUCAUGACUACAGCUCUGUCUCUUAAUGUUAAGGUGGAACAGGAGGAAAGACUGCCUCCUCCACAUUUAUACAGUGGAACACUAUGAGAAAAAAAUGGGACACUUUCUUUUCUAUUGGUAUUUGACAUUAAUGGUGAGAUAUUACAGUAUAGGUUAUCACUGAAUCCUCCGAUGGCUAGCUUUCUGUAUUCAUACAAUACUGCCAGAUGCCACAGUAAACUCUGAUGGAGACUACUAGCAUCUGUUUUCAAAUGACUUUGAAGCCUAAUUUAGAUUGGCGUUGAUAAUUUAAUAGCACUUAAUGCUCUUACACAGCCAAAUUACGUUGCUGUUAUUCUCGCUCUAAGCGGCAAUUCAAUAUUAUUUGUUUUCUUUUUUCAUGCAACUAUAAUUUACAGUAAGAUGCCGAAGGCUCGUGUUAUCUGUUUCAUCAGGCAUUUCACAUUAUAACAAAGGACCCUACUUUCUAAAGAAUAAUAAUGAUAGUAAUAGCUGGGGUUGGGUUAUAUACAAUGAUGUACAAUGUCAGGGGAUAGAACUUUGUAAAAUUUCCAGUACCGUUCAUACCCAGGUAGCUAUCCCUUUGAUAUAUUUUAUUUGACUGGACAAUUUUGCAGGCACUGCUGACAAUAUUGGAUUUAUAGGAUUUUUGCAUCGAUGUGAUGAAAUACCUUGAUAGGUUAGGUGUUAAAUUCACUGGAUUAAAGGGUUACUCGAGUGUUUAAUAUUGCACUUCCAUGAAGUUGGAGGACUUAAAAGAGACAAAUUUUAAAUGAAAAAUCUAAAUUGAAGGUGCAAAGGCCAAGCGAUCCGGACUCUAAGGCCUAGUCCAGGCAUACACAGGUAUUUUUGAAAACAGAGUUUUUCCCUCCUUCAAUCUUCAAAGAAAUCCCAUCCACACAAGCAAUUUUUAAUAAAACAAUGAAAAUGCAAAAACACUUCAAAGCACUGUCAAGAGCAUCCCAAAACAACACACAGCGAUAUAAUCCUAACCCUAAAGCCAUGUUGGACAAUCACGCAAAGAAUAAGAUGUUGGCCAAUCAGACGCCCUAAAAAAAGUUAUUACUGGAAAGCUGCCUGACUCCAAUGGUGCAUUGAUUGCUCUGUAAUGCAUUCAGACACCUCUGUUCAUCAAUAUAGUGGAAGAUUAACUGUACAUUCAUGUGUAAACAUGUAAAAAGUCCUGUUAGCAAGGUUAGAACCAGCACUAUUUUGGCCAUGUCCACCAUUGCAUGAAAUGUAGUGGCGAUAACUGCCCACGCUCUGACAUAACAAUCCAAAAAAACCACUGAAAACGUUUCUGAAAAUCUUCUCCCUUGCAGCAGUUUUCGAAAAGAUCCAUUUUCAGUGACCUAAAACACAGUUGAUGUAAGGCCAAAAUUCAUAGAAAAAGUUAAGUUUCAAAAAAAUACCCAUGUACUUGUGGACUAGGCCUUAGUUUUGUAUGGGUUAAGCUCCAAAAAGUCCUACAAUUCCCAUAAAGCAACUCAUUCAAACUUGAUGCAUCUUAAUUCGUUUGACUCUUUCUACCUCCUAAACCCCACACCUCUAGUUUGUAAUGCAUGCUUUCUGUUAAAAAGUGUCAAGCCCAAGAAGAGAUAACCUUGAUGACAUGAGUUACAGAAGACAUUAUAAACGCUGUUUUCAUUUACAGUUAGUACAGUUCGUGAUGGCAAAACUGAACUUCCUGUGUAAAAUUGGUGGAGUGCCCCUUUAACCAAACAGACUUUUCCAUCUACGUUUUUUUUAUAUAUAUAGUGAUAUUAUUAAUAGUAAUAUUAAUCUACACAUACCCUGAUUAAAAAUUGUAUCCACAUUGCCCACCCUGAGGUGAUAAUAUCAUGAAUUUGGAGACCGACUAAUGCCUGUGCAUGUCUCACUGCUGACAUACCAAUACACAACCACUGUUACACAACCUUGUGCCUCUACAUUGAAAACACCAGGCCGAGGAAAGAUUCAGACAAGCAGUGUUGAUGAUUUACGGUCCAAAACACAGAUGUUGCCCUGGCACAGUGUUUUCUCCCCGUCUCAGGUUUUAUGGGGAAUAAUAAUCAUCCAGUUGAGCUCCAGCUGGGACACACUUUGCAACAUCAUAAAGGGACGUCAAACCUAUUGUAAUACAAGUAUAAUGGAAGAUAGAUUAGUGCCAUGAUACCACAGUAGACAUACUGCUGAAAUGUGCAUCUCAACAAAAAUGUGAAUUUUGGGUUUGGGUUUAAAUGGUCAGGCUUGAAGUCGGCACUGUGUUAAGUAUCAUUGACAUUGCUCUGUUGCUAACAGGAUUUAGCUGUUAGGUCUGUUCUGUCACACCUUCUGAGAUCUUCAUUGUUCUGUUGAUUUCUGCUGAGUUUGAGUUUACACUUGUGUAUACUGUCUUUGUGUAAAUGUGUGCAAGAAUCUUCUCAAUGUUUUCAGAGUUAAAAGUCAGUUAUAUAAGUCUGUUUUUACCAUUACCCAUAAGGUAUUAGUUGUAGUGCUCGUAGACUACUGUAUGGCCGUGUGUUUAAGUGCAGUGACAGCAGUGAAGAGUCACCCAAAGGCUUCGUAAUGGAUCUCUAUGGAAAAAUAAAGCCAAUCUUCUGGAGGAGAAAACCUGCUGGUGCUCUCAGCUAGCGAGCAUCACAAGGGGCUUUUAGCUUUUUGAAUGCUAAUUCAUCCACUUUCCCUUGUUGCUCUGCGGGGAAAUCAUGUUACCCAAAAUCUCGCCCAGUGCACCAGCUGAGAAACCGUGAACGACAGGCAAUAGGUUGUAAUCCUGCAGCAGGGUUAAAACUAAGGUAUUAGUAUUCCAGAAAUGUUACCCGACCAAUGCAUCAAUGUUACAAAAGCUAGCAGAGGAGAAGGUGCAAGUGCACUGUAACUGGCAGAGGAGACCAGAGUAGAUUGCCAUUCAUUCUUUCUCCUCAGAGGUGACUGUAGAAUUGUAUGUAGCAAACACUUUCCUGCAGCCGAAGCAGUGAAGGCAGAAAAGCAGCUGUGGAGGGAAUACGAACAAAGACUAAAACAAUCUGGAAAGGAAAAGUGAUUGUGGUCAAAUGUUAACAUGAGUCAUACUUAAAUACAUAAAUAUAUUAUGUUCUGUGUCAAGGUAAGCCUCGUAGGUACAGUAGUUAUUUAAAGGAGCACAAUAACUCCCUCUUAAUACUGUACCAGUAAACCGGCCUUAUAGUAACUUGUUAUAUUUAUUUUGUGCAUCUACUUUUGUUUUGUGUUUAAUGUAUUUUAAACAAAUGUUAUGAGUAUUGUAAAUGGUGUUGAUUUCCUCUCGUCUUUGCUCUUCAGGGUGUCAUUGUGGCAACAGGAAGUUGUUUUUUUAUAUGCAGUUUUAAGGCUUCAUCCUCUUAAGUCUGUCAUGUUUUCUACUCAUCUUUGAAGCAAUUACUAGCUGUGUCCCAACCCAGAGGCCUUCAAAAGGAACUGAAAUCCAGGGUGAACCUGCAUAUCGUUGCUAAAUGAGACUAGAUCAACAAAGACCAAAUCAGACCAUGUUGUGUUCAGGUGCUCCUCGACAACUCAUUAAGCUUUUGCAAGUCAACAGGCGCAGGCUGUUGCCCUCAGACGUCAUAUAACAUUUAAAUACCAAUGGUUAACUUGGAGAGGUUUCACGAUACUUAACAGUAGGCUCGUUCGAGAUGAGCCUGAUCUGUGCAGAAUCGAUCACCGGCGAUCUCCACCCAAUGCGUGCCGGUUAGAUUUGUGUCCGACUUGAUCCCG